AUGAAGACUGAAUACGAAGACGAAAAGGCAUCGUCAACCCUCGGCCGGACAGCCUCCUUCAAGGCCGACGACUAUGUCCACACCGACCACCCUGUCGCCUUUACCGAGGAGAAGCGUGAUGGCGAGGACCUCGUUACCGCAGAUGAUGAUGAGGAGUUCCCUCCUGAGGAGCAUCAGUUCACCUGGCGCGCAGCUAUCGUCGGCUCCCUUCUCGGAUGCGUCGUCGCAGCCUCCAACCUCUACGUCGGACUGAAGAUCGGCUGGACCUUCGGUGCCUCCCUCUGGGGCGCCAUUUUCGGCUUCAUCAUCCUCAAGCCCCUGUCCCGUCUCGCCGGAAACUCCUUUGGCCCCCGCGAGAACGCCACCUGCCAAGCCGCCGCCACCACCGCCGGAGGUCUCUCCACCGGAUUCGUCACCGCCAUUCCUGCAAUGUAUCGUAUGGGCCUCAUGGGCGAGGGUCGUAUGCCCAAGGAUGAUGCUUUGACCUUGGUCCUUUGGACUACCUCUGCGGCCUUCUUUGGUAUGUUCUUUGCGGUCCCCUUGAGGACGCAUUUCGUCAUCAACCAGGAUUUGGUCUUCCCUACCCCUCGCGCUGCGGCAGAGACGAUCCGGAACUUGCAUCGGACGGGGUCAAAGGCUGCGAACGAUGCCAAGAAGACGGCGACGAUCAUGAUGAUUGCUUUCUUUGCCGCCAUGGUCUGGGUUCUCAUCGGAAACUGGAUCCCCGGUAUUUUUGAUACCGUUCAUAUCCUCUACUGGAUCGGUCAUGCUGCUGGAUACGCCAAGCUUCAGCACGCAGAUCAGGUCUGGGGUUGGGCUUGGUCGUUUGAUUUCUCGUUCUUUGGUGCUGGUAUGAUGACCCCCGCUUCGACCGUCUUCUCCUUCAUGCUCGGAGAGUUUAUUGCCUACGGUGUUGCUGGUCCCCUCAUGGUCGAUUCGGGUUACCUCGAGGGCCCCCGUGGAUUCACAAAGCCCAACAAUGGAACUGCCCAGUCUUGGUUCCUCUGGCCCGGUAUUGCCCUCAUGGUCUUCACCGCCUUUGGAGAACUCGGCGUCAACGGCAAGUCGCUUUGGCACGGUGUCACCUCUGGAGUCCGUGAGGCCCGCAACUUGGUCCGUCGUCUCACAAAGCGCUCCGAGCUCGUCGAUUCCUCCCAGUACGUCAGCAAGGACACUGUCCCCCCUCACGAGCAGGUCCCAACCCUCUGGUGGGUCACCGGUCUCAUCAUCUCUGCAAUCUUCACCAUCGUCCUCAUGGCUCUCGACUUCAAGGUCCCCGUCUACUCGUCCAUCCUCGCCAUCAUCCUCUCCUUCAUCCUCGCCUUUGUUGGCCUCCAGGCCGCCGGUGAGACCGACAUCAACCCCACCGGAUCCAUCGGAAAGGUCACCCAGCUCGUCUUCUCCCGCUUCCCUGGAGAACUCCAUGUCGUCCAAAAGACCAACCUCAUGUGCGCCAACAUCUCGGCCUCGAUCUGCGCCCAAGCUGUCGACAUGGUCGGAGACUUGAAGACCGGUCACUUGUUGGGAGCCUCCCCCCGUUCCCAGUUCCUGGCCCAAUGUGUCGGCUCCGUCUUUGCCAUCGCCGCCGCCGUGCCCCUUUUCAUCCUCUACACAGAGGCCUACCACUGCAUCGUCGACGCAACCAUCGAGAAAUGCGAAUUCGGACUCGUCUCCGUCGUCACCUGGCAAUCAGUCUGUGAGAUCCUGACCACCGGUGGCACCGUCCCCAAGGGUUCCGUCAUCACUGCCUGCAUCUUCGCCGUCCUCGCCAUCGCCAACAUCCUCAUCCGUAUCAAGCUCAUCCCCCAGAAAUGGCGCCCUUACUGGGUCAACCUCAACGCCGUCGGACUUGGUCUCAUCAACCCCUCCCCCGCCCUUGCCAUGGCCAUGUUGACCGGUUGGGCUGGUGGUCGUAUCUGGAUCCAGAUCAACAAGCUCGCCCACGAGAAGUACAUGUAUUCUGUUGCUGGUGGUUUCAUUUCCGGUGUUGGUGUUGCUGGUAUUAUCAAGGCCAUCUUGGUUCUUGGCGGUGUCAAGGCCGGUACCGUUCUCUGGGCAUGCAACGACGAUAUCUGCUAA